AGCUGAUAAAAUUUGUUUUCAUUGCAGAAACUUUUAAUUGUCUGUUUAUUCGCAAUUACUUGGGUAUAAAAUGCUGACUGAUCGAGUGCUUGCCACCAAGGAGGCGCUAGUGGUGGCCCUGGGCGACAACUGGGAGCGCUACAGGGCCAAUAUGAAGAACUGGUUCCGCAGCCGUUGGUCCAAGGAGGAAUUCGAUGCGGAGUCGCGAAAAAUCCUUUCGCCGGACAAACUGCACCUGCACAACCAGUUCCUGCUGGCGCUGCUCAACAAGAUCGAUGCCUUCUCUCCUGUGGAGAAUCCACCGUCUGUGCAAACCAGCAGCAGUGGCAACCGGAGCAAGCGGCGCAAGAGAAGCUCCCGGACCUUCGCUGAGCGUCUGAAUUUUGAACUCUGCGAAGUGCUGGACUUUAUGGGCGAGGACAACAUGCAGAUUAUCCGGCCACCUCCUGCGGUCGGCGGUUCCUCGGAGCCCAUGCAACAGCAGCUCCAGUCACAGCGCUACUGCGCUCAGGAACUCUUCCUGCCCGAUGCCGGCUUUAUAAUGGGACGCUUUCUGAUCGGUGCCUGGGAAAUCGGACUGGUCUCCGUGGACGACAAUGUCGCCGAGUACGUGGCCAUGGCAGUGCAGGUCCUGCUCAAGGAUCUGCUUUCGGCCAUCAUCAAGAAGCGAAAGCACUACAAGACCAGCGGCGAAGGAAACUUUUACUACGAUGUGGGGGCUCCGCUGCGAGACCCGUCGCUGCGCAACACCGUCACCCGCCAGAAGGUGGACGACACGCCCCUGGAGCUGGACAAGGAGCUAAAUACGGCCAACUUCAUGCGGCGACAGAACGACGAUGUGACCUUCCUCUCCGCCUGUGAAGAAGUUCUGCCCAGCGAGCCCAUUGUGAUCACCCUCAAGGACUGCCAGCUUGCCUUCCGGGAUCGCAACCUGAUCGGUUCCCAUGCCGUCUACGCUAUCAACAUGGAACGACUCAACAUGAUGAUGCAUUAGUUUAUUAGGUUUAAUUAAGUAAUAUCGGAUCUAAGUAGACUUAUAUACAUUAUACGCUAGUUUUGGAUCAGCAAAG